AUGUCUUCGAGAUCACGAAAAAUACUCGGCUUAGUUGUUGAAAAUACUGUGCUGAAUUCUAAAAAUAUUUCAUCGGAUUAUAAUUCAACUGAGAAAUCUAAUCAUGAGAAAUCUCAGUUUGCAAACAUACAACCCUUAGUACCUUACGAUGACACUGACGGUAGUUUAUCUGACAAUGAAAAUAUUGUUACUGGAUGCUUAACUACGGAGGAAGGACAUCGUCUCAUUCAGUCUUCAUCAAAUAGUUCAUCAUCGUCAGCUUCAUCUUUGGAUUCAUCCGAUAGUUCAUCUUCGGAGUCGUCCAAUUGUUCUCCAUCAUCAGCAAAAGUAAACUUACUAACCCAUAUUACUCAAAACGUGACUGUUGAUGAACUGGAUAGCGAUGGCAUUGUAGUAAAUCGUCGUCCCAGAGAGUUAAAAGGGGUUCAAAAUUAUUACACUUCUCCUUUAUGUACUGAUGAAAGUGAUGUUGACUUAAGCGAUACAGAUCCAACAUUCGUUAACAUUGAACCUAAAAGAAAGAGAAACUACUUUUUUGAAAAUUUGAGAUCUUCUUCUACCAAAGGAAAUAUGCAACAAGAAGCCGAGAAAGAAUGUGGGUUUCGAGCAGAGCAUUCAGUGUAG